AAGCUCAUUGAGCAAAAUGUUGCAUGUGAUUCUGUUUACUUAGGUAGUUGUAGUUCUGGUAAAACAAUUUAUAAUAAAAUAAAAUGUUCAGUUCAACACCCAAAUUCUGUGAUGUCACCCAAUCAAGCCUCUACAUCCUGUCCAUUAAUUUCCAUUAGAUACAAAUUUCAAUACAAAAUGUUGAAUAUUUUAAAAGUUACUAUUUCUAUUGUUAUCAAUAAUAAUAAUAAUAACAUUUUGAAUGGACUUAUUAAGAUGAGCAGUGCAGAGAUGAAGAAACCGGCUUCUAGAGCAGGAAGAGAAGAGAUUUUUGGGGCCUCAGACGAACGGGCACAAUGAGGUUUGCAUUUCACUGAGCAGGUUCAGUUUCCCGCUCCCUGUAUUGUGCGCUGGCUCGCUGUCACACUGACACCACGGCUUACUGGCAGUCUACAAUGGUCCAGUAUAAACCUAAUGUUAAUAUUGAUUACCCGAGUGCUUUUCCAUCUGUGACAAGUCAACAGGCCUGCUGGGAAAAAGACCACCUGGCAAUCUGAAUCAACAGUGGGGAGACCCUACACCCCAGCACCAACAAACACGUUGACUUCCCAGUUCAUGUGCUGUAACUUAUGUACUUUACUUCCUGGUGUGUUUUCCGUAUUCAUCUGUUAUUUCACCUCCUCCAAUUUCUUCCCUUCCCUGCUUCUCCUUCAUCUAUCCCCCGAACCCCCUUCCACAGCCCCCCCUCCAUCAGAUCAGGCCUAUCUGCAGGCGGCGGUGGUCUUCCAGCAGCUGCGUGAGGAGAAGCCAGGCCCACUUCAGCCUCUGCGUUAUGGGAAGAAGACGGACACGCCCCUGCCCGAGGGCGGAGACAAACCCACGCAGAGACGGGCCUUCCAGCUCGCCUUCAACACGCUCAAAUACCAAGAUUUACUGGAGGACAUCAUCACUGACAGCUGCUUCCACACCUCGCAGCAAAUUUCAGCUGACUUGUUGCCCCUGGCGAUGGUGAUGCUGUUCGACUUCCAGGACCGAAAGUUCACGAUGCGUGAACAAACCUCAACGGAGCUGGAGGAGCCUCUACAGGAAGUCAGGGAGCUGGAGAGGAAUCUGUACAAGCGUAAGACCAAGCUGGCAGCAUCUCUGGCUCGGUGCAGGGUGAGACUGAAUCUGCAGAGCGUCUCCUGUUUUCUUUCUGAUCCCGUCAGGACCAAACAGCACCGAGCCAAUCGUCUGCCCCUGUUCGCGUGGGUCAACACGCUGAAGAGCAGUGUGGAAGAAGUGUGUGAAGCGCUGCAGGUGGCGGGCUUGUGUGAAGCCGAAGACCUGACCGACCUGAAGGACCUGGCGUUCUGCCGGGACUCGCUCUGUCCCGACACGCUCGUCUUCUCCUGGCAGCUUGUCGCUCGGCUCCAGCACAGCAGCCUCACUGCAGCACAUGUCCUGAACAUACAGGACAGGAGCGUGUGUGUGGCGGUGAGCGUGUUACGCCCCCUGCUGUUUGAUAACGGUGACGUCCUGGUGGUGGGGUCUUUCUCGGCUGUGACUGUGGCUCACGUGGCCGUGGUGGCUUCCGCCCGCUCGGGCCGAGUGCUGCUGUGUGGUGCUGAUCACACGUCCUCUCAGCUGGAGGACAUUCAGGGCCUGCUCGGAGACAUGGACAUCAAGAAUGUGCGGAUCCUGUCGGAGGCAUUCAGUGGUCUGAGCGAGUGGGACGCCUCCGUCCAGCGUCUGAAGGUCAUCAUGGUCCUACCUCAGUGUUCGUCCUCCGCCCUCAACGACCCCGUGCCCACCAUACACAGCGAACAUGGAAAAUGGGAUCUGCUGUCAGACUUGUCUCACGGUUCUGUAGCCCAACGGAAGAUACACAUGAUGGCCGCCCAGCAGGCACGACUGUUAGCGCACACCCUGACCUUCCCGAAGGUGCAGACGGUGGUUUACUGCUCACGUUCAGUUUAUCCUGAGGAGAACGAACAGCUGGUGAAAAGAGUGUUAAACAAAACACACACUCACCCCAAACUGCUGCCCUUCAGGGUGAACGGUCCAAUUUUCCCGGUUGACUCCGAGUCGGGAGACGCCACCGAAUCCAAGUUCUUCAGACUCGAACCCUCUCAGGUCACCAACGGCUGCUUCGUGGCCAGGCUGUCCCGACAGGCUGAUCCCACCAUGGUGGAGACGGUGCAGGACGUGCUGGCAAGGGCGGCAGCGAAGGGCCUCCUGGGCGGAAUAUUACCGGAGCAAUUAAAAACUGGGAAAAAGGGGAAAAGCAGGAAGAGCCGUGAAUCCGGCGAGAGAGGUCUGCCCGAAGAGGAGAGAGGUGAGGGGGAGGUCAAGGGUACUGAGGAGGAGGAGGAAGGCAAAAGGGAGGAAGAUGGAGGAAAGAGGAGAGGGGUCAAAGGGCGCAAGCGAAAGCUCAAACAAGGACAAAAGCAAAGCAAAGCUCCUGCAGACACCAAGCAGCAGACUAAAAGCCCCAAAAAGAAACCAACGAAGAAAAAAGGCAACCAAUCACAUCCCACCAAACGUCCCUCAAAGAGCAAACAAAGGCGAUUCCCUCGUCUCACGUUGACCUUGAUGUCCUCAGAGAAAACAUCCAACCAAUUGUCCCCCAUCACAGCCCUGGCCCACAGGCUGAGUGAGACUCCGGUGAGCGGGUCCCAACAGACGGUCUCCAGCGCCCCUUCCUCUGCUGGGAAACACCUCUCGCCUGCACCAACAGCUCCACCCACCCCCCCUGGGGCCUCUAGGCUGCUGCAGGGACAUAACUCGCUCCCCAUGAGGGAAGAGAAAUCAUCAAGGGACGGAGACAAAUCAGCGAGUCCGUUAAAGGCCCGGGGGAAGGUGGUCGGAUCACAGGAAGUGAGGAAGGCCGCGAGAAGCUCUGUCCUUCCACCCCUUCCCUCCCCGUCCUCUGGAUCUCUACGCAGCAGGACUGGUAGUUCUCCAUCCCACACGUCCCACUCUCACCACAGGCACAUGUCCACCUCCUCCUCCUCAGUGUCUCUGCCGGGAUUAUAGAGACGUGGACAUUAGACUACAUCGUUUAAUCACUCCCCAGGUAUAUGACAUUCAUGAAUUUAUAGUAACUUAAUAAUUAAAGUAAAUUCUAUUUAUUUUAAGUAUUUAAAAAGUUAAAUUAUUGUGUUUGAUUCUUGUGUUUAUCUUCUCUUCAAGGGACGACAAAUUAAUUAUAACCCCUGUUUGCACCUUUUUAACUUCACAAAUAAAUAUAGCAGUAACGAU